AUGGAACAAGAAUUUACCCACUUGCAUGUCAAGGACGGUGAUUACCUGGCGUACGUACGCCGAUAUCAAUACCUGUCUGCUCGCAUGCGACAACUAACGGAGGACCGUGGUGAGAACUACCUCCAUGAUUUCUUUAUUAUCGGCCUCCGAGAUUAUCAGAGGACCUAUGUUAAAUCACGCCUCGAUACGUUCUACGGGACGGGUCAGGGUCCGAUUGUCAACCUAGAUAUCAACGAUCUCACAAAACAAAUUGCUCACCGGAUGAGUAAAUCAGAGGGUACUGGACGCCCUAAAGCUCCAAAGGCCAACGCGGCCACCAAUGAUAAUGACAACACAACUUCCGCCGCAACCGCAAAGUGCGGAUACUGCAAGGUCCCAGGGCAUAUAAAGGCUAAUUGCUAUCAUCUGAACCCUGACAAAGCACCCGAGUGGUGGAGGAAAGAGAAUAAGGAUAAUAAGGGCACUGACAACACUGAAGGUGCCAAAAAGAAGGGAAAGGAUAAGAAGAAGGACAAGGAUGACGACAAACCUACUGGCACCAGAGCGCCAGAUCUCCUUGCAUCGCAACCUAAUGCCAACGCAGCAAUUGCUUUAUCUACGUCGUCCGCUACAACAUCCAAACCUUGGUAUCUCGACACCUGCGCAAGCUUCAAUAUGACGGGUGAAAGGCACUCGUUGGUGCGCGCAAAGUCGUUCGAAGGUGAUUUAGAAAUUACUACCGCGGACGGUGGCGUAGGACGGGUUGAGGAGAUAGGUGAUAUCCUUCUAGAAUCAGAAGGGGGGGAUAUCUCAGUGGGUUACGUCCACUGGAUCCCCAAUCUAACAGUCAACCUUCUAUCCUUUGCGAAGCUAGAAGAUCAAGGCUUCAGAUACCAACUAUCAGAUACCACCCCUUCCUAUUUUACAAUAAGGGCCCCGAACGGUGCCAACUUCACCGCUGUUCGCACGUCCAAAGAAUCGGUCUACAAGAUAAUAGAACGAGAAUCUCAAAUAGACGUCCAUCACCCGUCCCAGGCCGUCCAUUUUAUGGCCAAAUCUUACAAUUACGGGGACGCAAUGUCGACAAUCGCGGGGAAACCUAACGAUCAACCUAGCGAUCGCAACCCCCUGACAAGAACACUCAUGGAAUGGCACGUCACACUAGGGCAUAUCCACGCUGGCGCGAUCAUUGCACUAGCGAAGGACCCAUCAUCCGGCAUCCGCAUCAAAGGAUCUAAAACAGGCUUCUUCUGCGAUAGCUGCGUCAAAGCAGGCAUGACACGCAAGUUCUCGCAAACUCCCAUGCCACGAGCGUUGCGAGCAAUGCAACGUGUUCAUAUCGACCUUGCUGGCGGUGGUCGUACGCUGGAUGACAUGUCCGAUUACCCUAUCGAAUCUCGUCAAGGGACCAAAUAUUAUAUGCUCAUCACCGAUGACGCCACCCGCUACAGGUGGAUCUAUUUUUUACAUACCAAGGACCAAGCUGUCGAAAUUUACGCUCACUGGGUCCAAUUCAUGAAAAAUCUCGGCUUCACGCCACCGGCGCUAGUUAGGACUGAUAUCGAUGGUGUCUUUCGAUCUAACAAGAUGACAACAAUGAUGACCAAAGAUGGCACUAUCUGGGAACCUACUACGCCCCAAUCUCCCCACCAAGAUGGUGUUUCUGAGAGAGGAAUCCGUACGAUAAUGACACGCGCAAGGGCAGUGCUUUUAGGCAUGAAUAUACCGAAGAAGUUCUGGGCAGACGUUCUCGAAACGGUGGUUGCAAUUACCAACAACACACCAACAUCUACCACCCUGUAUAAUGAGAAAUACUGGCCUACCAACAACGCCGACGAAGCACCUGCGCGAUGCCCCUAUACGGUCCCAUUCUCAGCACUAACCAACGCCCCGCCCCAACUUCGCCAUUUUAGGGAGCUAGGUGUUGAUGUUUACGCGCACCUUCAUGGAUCUCAAAAACCUACUGACAAGCUGUCCGCUAGAGCAGAAAUUUUUAAACUUAUAGGAUUCCGUGGUAACUCAAUCUACCGCCUCUGGAGUCCUACAACUGAUAAAAUAAUUGUCACCAGUGAUGUCGUUUUCCCUGCAAAGGAACCUACAACCUCGCAGGAUGACACUAACCACACGACACCCGAACCUGCAAGUCCAGCGACUUAUCUUGUUGAUGAUACUACCGUUCCUGAAUUAGCUGACGCCGAAUGGGUAAGACCAGCGAAAGCGUUCGCCACCUACGUUCCUUCUCCCCUCACCGGUUCCGUUCCGAAAGGAUAUAAGGAUGCCGUUAGUAGACCUGGGGGGGUUGGCGAAUAUUGGCAGAAAUCGAUGGAACGCGAGAUUGCAGAUUUGGAACGAAGGAACACUUGGACAAUGAUCCCACGUUCUGACGUCCCUUCUGCAGCGAAGCGAGGUUGGACCUUGCGCCAGGUCGAUAUAGUGAUGGCCUACCUACACGGCCGACUUGGUAAAACGAUUUAUAUGCGGCAACCUACCGGAUUUGAGGUGGGGACUCCACACGCGAUGGUUUGCGCUGUCGGAGGCUCCCUAUACGGAUUGGACCCUGCUGCUAAGAUUUGGUACGAUUUCCUUACGGCAUUACUCCGCGAGAAUGGCUUCAAACCUAGCCCCUACGACCCUGCUCUAUGGCGCCACACGUCCCGCAAUCACCUUUAUAUGACAAUCUACGUGGACGACCUUCAUAUUAUAGCAGAGGAUCCGGCAGAUGCCGAUUGGCUAGUUGACACCCUCGCCAAUAAAUUAGAAAUAAAGGAUUUAAAAGAACCUUCAAAAUACUUAGGCAUGGAGGUUGAACGUCGCCCUGAUGGUGCUAUAAAAUUGACAUUGAGACGCUAUAUCGAUCGUUUAGUGCAAGAUUUCCGCCUAGAUGACGCCGUCCCUGUCCCUACGCCAAUACUUGAAGGGUUGAAGAUAGACGAUACCCCUGUGUCAGAACGAGAAGGAGGGUUCACCAAAAAGCGAUACCAACACGGAGUAGGGUGCUUGCAGUAUCUGGCAGUCAAAUUACGCCCAGAUAUUGCGCGAGCAGCAUCCCUACUAGCGCAGAAGAAUACUGCGCCUACACCUAAGGCGUGGAGGGCUCUCCUCCGCGUCAUACAAUAUCUAAAAGGAACGAGCGACCUUGGCAUCUUAUACGAAGGCCACAAGAACGAGAUCGAUGAAUUCCCCAACGCGUCAUAUCUGCCGAUAGGUUAUACAGAUUCGGAUUGGGCAGGACCGUUGAACGGCGAACGCAAAUCUACUUCAGGCUUCAUAUUCAAGUUAGCAGGUGCACCGAUUUCAUGGCGUUCGUCCAAACAACCUUGUGUUUCUUUAAGUUCAAAUGAGGCAGAAUACGUGGCACUUAGCGAAGCAGUACGCGAAGCAACGUGGUUGCGCAAUAUGAUGAUGGAACUAGGAUUCGUUACAGCAAAGGACCCCUUGCCUAUCAGGGCAGAUAACAAAGGUUCAAUCGACCUAGCUACCGUUGCCGCGAUCACGGCACGCAGCAAGCAUAUCGACACUCGCUUCCACUAUUCUCGCACGCAAUUGAACGAAGGCGUUAUUUCUAUUAAACACGUUCCCACUGAGGAUAUGGUAGCAGACGGAUUAACCAAACCUCUGGGCACAGUGGCAUUUAGGCGUUUCAUUGAUUUACUAGGACUUUUCGCUGGUAACAGUGAGAAUGAUUAA